AUGGCUACAGAAGCUUUGUUUGGUUGGGAUUUAACUUUUAAAACUGUUGAAAAAGAUAUAAAGCAAAAAUCAGACGUUAUUAUUGCUUUCAUACACUGGAACUUGACAAAGAGAGGUUUUCGAAGUAUUGGAAUUGGCGAUGAACGCACUCUAUCAGGAGAUGAAGAAAAAAGCGAAUUAUUACCAACUGGAUGGAAUGACAAGGAAAAUUAUACUUUACGGUAUGUUUAUGAAGACAAAUUAUACAUACUCCACGGUCUGAACAGUGAUGGGAAUCUUAUUGUUAAUUUAAUGAGAUCUGAAGACUUGGCCGUCUCGAAUAUUGCAUUGAAAGUGGAAGAAUCUGUUAAAGACAUGAGUGGUCCUAUAGACAAGGUCUUACCUGGCUACAAAGACCUUAUGUUCAAUGUGAAAAGAGACCUUAUUGAUACAAUCACCACAAGAUCAACAUCAAGCGCUCAAACUCAGACUGUCGGGAAUAAUACAAAUAAUCCGAGGCCCCCAAUUGAAGAUCCUUUAAGAAUUCCACCAAGACCUGCACCUGGAGUAGUCCCUGAAAAUCCUAAUUUAUGGGACCUUCCACCUGCUAACUUGAGAAAUGUUGGCCGAUCUGAUCUAGAUCCCUUCGCCCCUAUGGGUGGUGGAAUGCUUUUCAAUCCAUUCAGUCCCGGUCGUGAUAUUGAAAAUCCCGGGCUAGGAAUACCUGGAGGAUUACCCAGGGGCUCGGUACCACCAGGAGCAAGAUUUGAUCCUUUUGGUCCUCCGGGAGUGGGUCCUCUCCCUGGCCGACGCCCGCCUCCUCCAGACGCCGACCACUUACCACCUCCCGGAUUUAAUGAUAACAUGUUUAUGUAA